AUGGAUCUCAAUGGGCGCCCAGCGGUGCAGGUCGUCAUUAACGGCCAUCCUCAGGCGCAGCAAGCGUAUGGUCCGACCAUGGCGUUCCAGAACCAGCACAGGUCUCAGUCCAGACCUUUAUCCGUGGAUGAGGCGCUCCAGUACUCGUCCAUGUCAAGCGCUCCCGUCUUUGGACUUGACUGCGUGAUUCGCCCUGACGUCGGUCGUCCGUCCAAUACCACUUCUAUCAACCACGUUCUCCAAGCCGGUCGCAAUACGCUGAGUGAGCUGGAUGCGGAGAUACAGUCCGGCCUGGACGAGUCAAGUCGCCUGGAGACGUCCCGCGAAUACCUUCAGCAAUUGCUGGAUGGGGAUCAACUGACUGAAUUCAAAUUCAAGAUCCCUCCUACUCUGAGCCGCAGUCAAUCCUCACACUCGAUCACCUCAGAUGGCCCUGCCUCUUGUCGCACUCAGCUCGGCUCCUUUGCGAGGAUGAUCUUGGAGUCUACGGACAUCGCCUUCAGAUAUCCUACGACAUCACCUCCCAAGGUCAAACCCGAAAAGAAGGAACCCGUACAGAAAGCCGCAACAGCUUGGAAUCAGCAGGCAUACGUUGCGAACAGCACCAACUCCGCUUCAUUCGAGAAGUCGCAUCAGCCCUCAAGUCAAGUCUCCGUGGUCAUCCCAAUGAAGUCUACACCUACGAAACAGACGAAGCCAAAGCCAAAGAUCAAUCAUGAGGAUGAAAUUACGGCGAGGCGGCUAAGGGACCAAAAAGCGGAAGCGGACGAUGCUCUUUUGAAGCUGCAAGAUGUUCUUCAUGAAGUCUUCGAGUCGGAGGAUCAGAUCGAGCCGGACACCUCAAUUGCCCCGACUGCGGACAGGCCGAAUCCAGUGUUUGUGAAUCCAAGGUCAUUCGAGGUUCACGGCAUGGUUCUAUCUUCCGAUGCGCACAUCCGUCUACAAAAAGCCAUUCGGAAGGUCUCUGGGUUUGACCGACUCCAGGAUAUCCCCUCCGACUAUUUAAAGAGGAUUCAGAAACUCUGCGAAAAGCCAAUUCUUGCUGCCCAGUCAGCACAAAUUACUUUGCAUGAUCCACUCAAUGAAGCAGAGGUGCAGGAAUGGCUUGGUAAAGUCGAGGAUGUUUUGAACGCUUUGCUUGCCAUCGGAACUCUCCUGCAAACAAUGUCUGGACGUCAGACGGAGCGAGAUUUAUGCCCUGAAGAUCUCAUUGAGGCCAUCCCACCCGUUGUCGAGCAAGUUUUCGACCAUUGCAUCAUUCCUGCUGUUGAAUCACGACCAGGCGGCAAGGAUGCAGAGCAUUUCAAGUUCUUUUCCGCCCAGCGACGCAUUGUUGCAAGCCUGAUUCACCAAAGCAAAAAGGCAUUGACUCUUUUCGCAGACUUUUUGUCUCGAAUUGAGGUGCCUGAAAGUCCUAUCAACUCCGCUCUCUUCUUUGCGGCCAAGUUGAUCUUCGUCGAAAAUGCGCACAAUGAGAAAGACUCUGCCGUGGGGUCAUCCAAAUUCGAACCAGCAAGACGUGGAGCAAUGGACGUGCUUGCAAAAAUCUUCUCUAGAUAUCCUGCCCAGCGGUCCUAUAUCCUGGAUCAGAUCCUGGGUUCUCUGGAGAAGCUACCUUCCACCCGUCAAAGUGCCAGACAAUUCAAACUGGCUGACGGGAAGAAUAUCCAACUUCUCACCGCGUUGGUCCUUCAACUUGUGCAGACGACCGCGUUGGAAACGCCCUCACGAUCCAAGACCAAACGUCGACUGCAGGCUGGUAACGAUGAUGAUGAGUUAAUGGGUGACGGUGACGACGUGGACCCCGAUGACGACGAUGACGACGUGGACCCCGAUGACGACGAUGACGAGCUAGAUGAGUCUCUGGAGCGCCUGGCCGCCAAAGUGAACAGACUAUACGAUAAUGCAAUUCGAAGUGCACAAUACAUUGUGACUUUUAUAGUCCAGCGUGCAAUGAACGCCACAAAAAGUGGCGACCAGCCAUUCCGAAACAUUCUCGACCUCUUCACGGAAGAUUUGAUCAACGUGCUUGGGUCCACUGAUUGGCCCGCAUCGGAGCUGCUUCUCCGAAUCAUGGCAUCACACAUGGUCGGUAUCGCAGAUCUUGACAAAAGCUCGGCUCAAGCAAAGAGCAUGGCUCUUGAGCUAUUAGGAUGGAUGGGCUCUGCGAUUUCGGAUUUGAUCGCAACCGCUCAACACAUGCUUCCAGCCUUGGAGGAUGCUGAUGGCGAGCUUACUGAUUCCCUCAAGCAGCAGUUUGAAGAUUUCUCGUGCCGCGCGCUCCACCCACAAGACUUGGUUGCGCCAAAUGGGCCCUACCGCAUGGCCCUCGAGUAUUUGUCACAAGAUACGAGCUCGGAUAGCUCUCAACUGGCCAGCACGCGGGGCUUCUACUUGGCUGCGUGGGCGAAGGUUGUCUGUAACCUUUACUACAACUCCGAGGACAAAGAGGAAAUGCCGGAAGACGACAUGACCAACGAACUGGUGGUUCUAUUGUCGCGGUCUUUCUCUGAUCCCCGCUGGUUGGAGACCCACAGGAAGUUCAACUCCAUUGCCAAUAUUCAUGGAAAGUUCGCCUACAUUCUGACCGUCUUGAAUUCGGGCUUUGGCAAGGCAUUUGACACCAUUCUUAAGGUCUUGCUCAACUCGAUCGCCAGCGACCAAGCCAAGGUCCGCAGCCGAAGUUUGAAGAGUGUCAUCGAAAUGCUUGAGAAGGAUCCUAAUCUUCUCGACCGUGACGCUUCGGUUAUGCAUCUGAUUCUGCGUUGCACUACGGAUGCUUCUCCUAUGGUUCGCGACUCUGCCUUGUCCUUGAUUGCCAAGUGCAUUGGUCUACGACCAAAGUUGGAGGAGCAAGGGUGCCGCAGUAUUCUCGCCUGCGCUGGUGAUCCCACGGCUGGUGUUCGUAAGCGCUGUAUUGGCCUAUUGAAGGAACUCUACCACAAGACCUCUCGACAGGAGCUGAAAUUGGCCAUACUCGACAGCUUCCUUCAACGGACUGGCGAUCAUGAGGAAAGUGUCGCCACCCUGGCUCGUCAGACUUUUGAGGAAAUCUGGCUUGUGCCUUUCCACGACUCGAUUGAUUCCAUCUCCGAUGGUCCGAAGCUCAAGAUGGCACUUGGGGAGCAGGUUGGGUUGAUCGUCAGCUUGGUUGAGCGCAGCGACAACGCUCUUGACUCUCUUGGCAUCUGUGUGAGGGCGGUCCUUUCCGACAAGUCCAAGUCUGCCAGCCUGAACUUCAAAGUCUGCAAGUCAAUGGUAGCCAUCAUGUUCCAGAGGCUUGUGGAAGACGCAGAUGCCUCUCCCCAGGAGUUCAAGCAAGCCUUGCUCCAGACAAUCACCGUCUUUGCCAAGGCCAAUGCGAAGCUGUUCAGUCCAGAUCAGUUGGAAGCCUUGCAUCCGUAUAUUGGCAACCUUGCCAAUGCAGACGACUUGUUCUUGUUCCGAUCGGUGGUUGUUAUUUACCGAUGUGUCUUGCCAUACCUGUCCUCCUCCCAUAACAAGCUACUCAAGGAUGUCCAGAAUGACCUCUUCAAGAGUGUUGCCAAGCUGGGUCGCCCCGAGUUGAAUGAGGUCAUGGCUUGUCUAUGGACCAUCAACGGUGUCUUGCAGAAUACGGACAGAUUAGUGAAGCUAACUCUGUCCGUUCUCAAGCCACUGCAGCAGUACAAAAGCGUCGACUUGUCGUCCCCAGACAACGCCAAAAUAUCAGCACGCGCAAAGAGCUACCUCAGGAUCGCAGGCUGCGUUGGACGGCACUGUGAUCUCGAGAAAUACAUUCCACAUUUCAAAAAUUCCUUCCCUACAUGGAGUACCGGGUCCGGCGGCUCCGUUGCUGCGCUGAUGGUCGACUGCAUCCUUCCAUUCACUGGUUUCAAUCAGCCUACCGAGCUUCGGGUUACCGCUCUUGAGAGUGUGGGCUCCAUCUGUCAGUCCUGGCCAGCUCAGUUCGGCCGCGAGCCUACACGAAAGAUGUUCUCCCAGGUAUUCAAGGAGGAUGCUCCUGGCUUGCAGCACAUCGUGCUCCGAGCUUUCGCAGAUUUCUUCUUUAUCCACGAGGGCAAAUCCGAGAAAGGAGUGGUGCCUACCGCCGAGGCUGCUGCCCAGGAGGACUCCACCCGACUCGGAGGGUCACUGAGAGCUAGCGAUAACGAUGGCGCUGCUGCGUUGAUCGCUCAACACUUCCUGAAGAACAUGCUAAAGGUCGCACAAUCGCGACAGGAUGCCUAUGCGUUGACUGCCAUUGAGCUCAUUGCCAGCAUCAACCGUCAAGGAUUAGUGCAUCCCAAGGAAUGUGCGGGAGUCCUUGUCUCGCUGGAGACAUCGACUGAUCCAAAAAUUGCCAAGGUCGCUUUUGACACGCACAAGAUGAUCCAUCAGCAAUUUGAAUCCAUGUUUGAGCGAGAGUACAUGCGAGCUAUUCAAGAAGCCUUCUACUACCAGCGUGAUGUGGUUGGCGAUUCGAAUGGUGCGACUCCUCGGCCUUAUGUUGCCAAGCUCGCUCCUCUUUUCGAAAUUGUCAAGAUCAGCAACAGCCGCUACCAAAAGAAAUUCCUGUCGAAUCUUUGCUCAAAGGCGGACUUUGAGUUGAAGAAGCUCGAUGCCUCCGGUGACCCUCCGGAGCAUCUCCUCAUGGCCCGCUUUAUCUCUCAGAACCUGGCGUAUUUCGACUAUGCCCAGUUGGCAGAACUGCUUCCCACGAUUGGAUGCCUUGAGCGUAUUGUCUCAUCGACUGGUACUGUUGUUGCCCAUGCAAUCGAAACCGAUCUAUUCCCAAGCCCGAUCGGUCCCCCCGUGGUCGAAACCCCAACCGGUAUGAUGAGCCUUGGCCCUGAUGUGCCGAUGCCGAUGCCUCCAACCGUCUCGCAGCCAGUCAAUCCCGCUACCCUGAGACUCUUGACCACGGCUGCUGCAUCUCUGUCGAUGCUUUGGGAGGCGCGAACUCAUCUGCGCCGUCUUUAUGGACUCAACUCACACCACAAAGACAAGGACGGCAAUGGCAAGCAGAGCGCCAAAGAGCUCAACAAAACGGCGACCAAGGUUCAUGGUGUGAACGGUGAAAAGUUUUGGGAAGCCGUUAUCAGAAACAUGGCAUCGCUCGACAGCGAAGAAGCCAUGCUCACUAAGUGCCGUGAAUUCUCGACCUUGCUGGCCAUUGACGAGGAGUUCAAGGUCGACCGUGAAAAUGAUGGAGAGGGCGAUAGCCUGGAUGCAUUCGGGGAUGGCGAUGACAUGGCUGGCUUUGGUGGAUCUCGUCCAAUGAAGCGCAAAAGCUCUGUUUCCAGCACCGGUCUCAACAAGCGACCCAAGGCUCGCAAAAGCUCCGUGGGCAGGAAGCCGUCUAGUGCUGAGCCCGACGAUGGCUGGGACUAA